CCUGUGAGCAUUUGUGAGGCAGCGCCUGUCCCUUAUGUCUCUUUGUGGGGGAACAGAACAGAUUUCCCAGAGCACCACUGGAGACAAGACAAAGCCCUAGGGAGGACACCCCAGGUGCAGACCUCCAUGCAACCCUGGCCUCAACUACUGUGGAUGCUAAGAUGAGCACAGGGAGAGGAGACACAGACCUACUCAAGCUGGAGUAACACACCAAGAGGUCCAAAACAGGAGGUGGAAGUUAUCAGCUGGACAAGCCAAGAGGUCAAUUUUGAGUUGAAGGAGACAUUUUCAGCAGAUCAAAAUCAACAGCGCUGGACUGGAUCGCGAAGGAAAAGGUGGAGUCUUAAUUUGAGCUUUUAGAUUUUCUUUCAAAAAGUUUUGUUGAAGGAGAAUCAACAAAGAACUCUAUAUUUUUGACAGCUAUUAAGGAUAAAAGUACUAUAUGAAAUAGAUACAAACGGCAGAAAAAGGAAAAUUUAUCUUAAUGUUUUCAUUAUUUUUAUCCAUCACCAGACCACUUUCAAAAUAGUCAUUUGUGGUAUGAAAUUGAGAUGCUCUUUAAAGAACAUCUUGAAUAGUCCCGACAGUGCUCUUAAUUCACCAGCCAGGCGCUUAUCUUAUUUCUCCAACUCUUUCUGAGAGGGAGCAUUAAAGACUUCAUUGAUAGUGCUCUUGGGGAACGGGUAAUAUUUCUCAUGUGAAGUCUCGAAACUUUACAGCUGUAGGGAGAGAAAAGUGCCACAUGCAUAAGAAAACGAUGUUGAGCUGUGUUCCAUGUGGGAAAAGUGUGCGUCUGGACUAACAUUGCGGUGGAGCAUUGAAGACAGAAGAAAUGUUCCCAGGGUGUGGAGUGCUGAGUGGCCAGAACCAGUACCUGACCAGAGACGCUGUCAGGCCCCAUCCCAGACUAGAGGUGAACAGACCGAUCCAAAUGGAAAAUGGGGUAACCCCAGGGACCUGCCCCGUCUACCAUGAUCAACCUUACAGCAAUGCUGGCCAGCAAGCAGUGGUCUACAAUGUUUCCAGCCCGCUGAAGCCAACACCACUGCCAGUCCCUCCCCCUGCACUUAAACUAGGGCAGGAAGGGUUUAAGAAAGUCUGCCGAACUGAGGAGGACAGCCCCUGUCCCUUUCCAGGACUGGCCUCUGGGGUGCUGGAGAUGCGCGUGAAGGAGGGAAGUAAGAUCCGCAACUUAAUGGGAUUUGCCAUGACACGGAUGCAGGGAGAGAAGGGCGUUAGUGGGGGAGGAGUGAGUGGUGGUGGGCUUAGGCAGGUGGUCUUCACGGGGUCGGGCCGCGCGGUCACGAAGACCAUCACUUGUGCUGAGAUCAUGAAACGGAAAGUGGGCUCUCUGCACCAGCUGACCAAACUGCAGUACAAGGUGGUGAAAGAGGUGUGGGAGAGUAGUGAAGGGGGGACAUCUGAGAUGACGGUGCACAGGACUGUGCCCUCUAUCAGCGUUCUUCUCUCCAAAGACCCACUGGAUCCCCAGGAACCGGGCUAUCAGCCUCCAGAGACUCUCAGUGCACUGUGGGACGAGAGAGAGGGGAUCGAAUCUGCCACGCAAACGGCAUGCAAGAGACCUCUUGGACCUUUGCCAUACAGCAGUUUCCCUCACUGUAAGAGAGUGUGUUUGGGGGAAGGAGUGUCAGUCCACCCUCCUCACUGACUGGCUGAACCGGUGUCGAACAGUGGAGAGGAUUGAAUCAGGAGAGUUCAUUUGGCGCUGCCCUCCACUCAAGCACAAUGCUGAGACAAUCAGAACACUCACUCAGACAGAACAGUGCUUUCUCAGAGGAACUGAGUACCAAUUCCAGCCUCCAGAGGUCAGUUUGACUGGGACCUGAAAGCUUGCCUCUGUACAUACAGCAUUUAAGGGAUGUGUUUCUGGGUACGUUCACAUAAUUGUGAUGUGUGCUAUAAAAUCUUUAAGCGAUUCACAUCCCAUUUCACACUGACAAAAGAAAAGCCAUGAAUUGCACAGGUUCUAGAUUCCUGCUUGCAGUAAACUAUCUACAGCCUGUGGAUAGAAUCAUUUAUUAGCAUCAUGUUGCAAUCAUUUCUAUUCCUCCGUACUCUUUAAGUGUAGCCUCUAAAAAUGCACAAGGUAGACCCAAGAGUAUAAAAUAAAAACAGUUGAAAGCCAUUGAUGUAUGACAAAUGCAAAACAUACCCAUUUUAUUUGUCUGAUUAUUAACAUUCAUGAACACUAAAUUAAAUAAAUUGGGGUUUAUUUCCAAUGGAAAUUUUGUUUCAUCUUUCUUACUCACCCGUCAUUGAAUUUGCAAAGCUCUGAUUGAACAGAAAAUCACAGUGUGCUGAUCUGUUGAUAAGAAUAACGGCAGUGAAAUUUAUCUGUAGAAAAAGCUGAUUUAAUGACAAAGCUGUUGAUAAGGCACAUCUCCUAAACCAACCCAGCCUGACAGAAACGCCGAGGGCAGAAAUACAGGCACCGAUUAUCAUUAAGAUAACAACACAACAUCACACAACACAGUGGAGAAAGGGAUUAAAACUAGGCUUGACAGAGCUUCACACUACACUGUUCGUGUAAAAUAUGAAACCAAGGCAACAAGCUAUACUUCACUUCAGCUGAUAGGCCUACCCACCCACCAUAUCUAUUGUAUUGUAUAGCACAGCGUACCUCUUCCACGAGGCUAUAUUCAAGCUUUUCUCAAGAAAAUCUGUAUGCAAAACAAUGUGGUCUAAAAAGAGCUAUGUUUAAACGUAACAAUAUGCACUUGAAGUUGACUGACAUUAAUGAAAUGGCUGCAGACGUCCUGCUGUUGACAUUUUUCAUGCAUUGCCUCUGUAUUUCCACACCAUUUAAAUAUAAUUUCAGUUGCAAAAAAAGGUACCGCUGACUGAUUGCUGAAGCUUAACUGGAUGCUGCAGACAUCUAUGGCAAUCGGGUCAAUAUUCAACUCCGAGCAGAAUGAAAAAAAAACAACAGCUGGCAGAGUAUGUAUUGAAUUUUAUGGAUUAAAGAUUUUUACACAUAAAAACGUAUUCUAUACCUUUUAAAGAGUUGUCCUUAACAAGACAAACAAACCUUUCUGGGAAUUAUUCAAAUACUUAAGCGCUUUUUCCACUUAAUCAACCAUGUCUUCUGGGGAUAAUAACUUAAGAUAAGUGGAACCUUGUCUGAAGCUUUUAUGUUGAUCUUAAUGAAAAUCUGCAAACGCAGAUGUCGGCCUCCGAAAGUAAAUUAAUCAAAGUGAAUCCUAACUGGGGAGACAAUUCAGUUACAGCUUAAAAAAAAGGAGGAAAAAAGUUGAGUUCACUUCAACAGAAUUAGCAUUCAAAUUCAUCUUUCAAAGGAAUACAAAUCGUAAUAUUUCAUAUAAUGGUCAGCCAGCAUUUUAAACAGUCUAUGGUGGACAUAGUGAUUAACCUCCCUCUCGAUCCCAUUAAGUGAAUCAGAGCACAGCAGAGCACCCAAGGUUGAAUAAGAAAUGCUGCGACUGCAAUACAGCACAUAUGUAGCAAACUGUGUGUCCUCGAGACUGCUGGAAGGUUAUCACUUCAGGUCGCUGUUAUCACAGAGUUAACAGCUUUCACCCAAGAGCCUUUGGGACAGUCAGUCUGCAAUGCGGGUCAAAAAGAUAAUGCCGCUAUAAGUAAAUUUCAAAUCGACCUGCAUCUGUUAUCAAGCAUUAAGAAUUCUGGGCCAAGUGUAAAAUGCAGUGGGGGUAAUUAGGGAUAACAGCAUAGCGUACCUGAGUGAGAGAACAGAUAAAACAUACUGACUAAAGCAUUAUCCCAGAGCUAAAUCCGAUGUGGCUGGCACGAAAUAGCAUGGUGGAGGAGUCAAAAAAGUGCAUUAGAACGAUAUGGACAAGGUUAUUCACAAGCUGAGGUUCCAUUUUGCAAAUAUUGUGUGUUUUCAAAGAUGUUGUCGAGGUGGAUUUGAAGAAGAUACAGGCCAGGGCCUAAAAUG